UACCGACCCGGCUAACCGCUCUCCUCAAACAAAAUUCGAAAAAAAUACGGUUUUUUUGAAUGAAAAGGCGCAAAAUUUCGUGUUAUUUAACGCUUCCCGACCCGUAUUAAUGGACAAUACCGCCAAAACUUUCGUUAUUCCAAAUGAGUUAUGCCGACGUGCUGGAGUGGCGGCUUCGUGGCUUUCCGUCAACGAAUUCGGUGUUUUCGGCCACCAGAAAACACCAAAAGUUGAUAAACCGAGUCACUUUGCCCCCUCGGACGCCUCUGUGUUUCAGCUGCGCCCCGACAUUAUUCUCUUCAAACCAAUUUUACGCAAAUUGGUAAAUGAGGCCAACGGGACGUUUCUAACCCUUCAAGCCCUUGUAGCCACUGAGGGCGACCACAAGGCCGAAUUAUUGAAACUUAGCCGGCAGUACAGGUCCAUAAUAAGGGCCUGUUUGGAGAAUUUGCAAGACGAGGUGAUGCGAGCCGAUGGCGAUUAUCGCGAAGAAUUGCAAAAUUACAUUACGAUUUUUUACUCAGUUGAGUGUAUUUGGCACUUGUGUGAAAUCUUAUUUGUUGAUGCGGUCCCAGGCAACAUUGUUUUGCCCCACUUACUGGACUGGAUUCGGUUUCAUUUUCCGAAAUAUGACCGAAAUGCGGCAAGUAUGUUGGCUGGGGAUUUGGGUGGUUUGGAGUCACACCCUGACUAUUGGGAAACUGUCAUUGGGUCACUAUUACAAGGGCGGGUCAAGGUCGUUAGGGCCCUACUUAAAUUACACUCAGAAGCUGAGUCACAACCUUUCAGAAUUGUGGAUCAGUGUCUGAGAGCAAUGCCGGUUUAUAACAUGUUUAGUGGGACUUCAAUCGCUGAAUUUAAUCUACAAUGGAAUCAUUGGGUCGUGGAUGUUCAAUCGAAAAUUGAUGCGAAAAUGUUUAUUUCUUGUUAUAAUCUCAAUUUGAUUAUGAAGCUUACGGUUGGUAACGAAAUUGCAUGGGGGGAAAUACAGCAGUAUUGCGAGACGUGGUAUGAAAUGUUAGCCGCGUGGUUAUUUUUUACCCAACCUACUGUUAAAUCGUUUGAGUUGGGACAGUUUGCCAAACAGUGUAUCACGAAAAUGUCCAUAGGGAAUAGAAUUAAGCAUUUGGAUAGGAUGUUGUUGGCAGCAAUGGAGUUUGAUAUUUUACAGGUGAUUAAAGAAAUCCAAAAUAUGACAGACAGUGGCUGGUUUGUGAGCCACUUAACCGACCUACUUUACCAUUCAGGCCGUCUAAGCGACACAACUAUCGAAACUAUUGAAAAUUUCCACCCUGAUAAAUUGCGCGAGUCAUUUUUAAUCGAUUAUGGCUCGCUUUUAAUGGGCCAUAAGUCACUAUGGCAGGUCGGUUUAAGCUACUUGGACCACUGUCCCAGCGAUGGCCCUGAAGUCACAAAAUUACUACUUGCAAGACUGCCUCUAAAUUCCGAAAUGCGGGCUGAGAAAAUUGUGAGAGAGGCUCUGAACCGGAAUUUAACCGAAACGGCACAAAGUAUUUGUAAAGUGCAAGGAAUGGCUUGUAAAAACCGGGGGCGUCUGGGACACGCCCUCGCCUGGGCCCUCAAAUCACAAGACGGCACUUUUGUGUCGUUUUUAUCGAACAAAUUUCUGCGAGAGUAUGCCGAAAGUGGCGAUUUGAACAGUAUUGAUCUUUUGGAUAAUCUCGGAUCGUGUAUUUUGGCAAGCGAUAGGUUGAUGUUUUUAGGCAAAUAUUACGAAUUCCAGAAGUUAUAUCAAGCGAACGAGUACAAAGAAGCCGCCAAUUUGCUCGUUUCGUUACUUGAGUCGAAAAUAAUACCAAACUUUUUCUGGAGUAUUCUAUUAACUGACGCAAUACCGCUACUUGAGUGCGAAAAAAUGGUUUUUUCCUCAACUGAUACCUACAUCAUUAUGCAGUGUUUGGAAGAGCAGGAAAAAACCAAAGACUUGAAAGACAAACUUCCGAUCUUGAGACUGUCAGCGACCCGGAAUUUAGCACGAGCUUUGGUACACGAAGCCCAAUUAAAAUGAUGAUUUUUUUAACAAUUUUUUAUUAAAUAAAUACUUUACGUAAACAAUAA